AUGGCAGAAAAUGCGACUCAUGACCUGUUUUGCCACGCUAUCAAUUCAUUGAAUGACUUUGCUAUCCGACACAAUUUCACCGCGAAGAUUGUUGAUGGCUCUCCCGCUCUUUUCAUGUUUCAGAUGACAAUUAUUUCCCUGGCUGGUAUGAUAUUUGGUCCUUCUCUCCUCGGGCAAAACAAGAAGUUGCUAGAUACCAUGUUCCCUAUAAGAAGUUUGGCAACGCUGUGGACAGUGGCAUCAUUUGGAAAUUUAUUCUAUACCUUUCUAAUUGCAGUGAAGGCAGAUCCUGCAAUGAUGCUAAAGCCAGGUCGAGCUGCUAUGUAUAUAGGCUCUUCUAUGUUCUGCAUCGCUUUGUUUCUUUCCCUUGCACUAUCAUUCUUAUUGAAAACCAUUUUCACCAUGGAAGCUAAUCUCAAUAAAUCGAUUGUCUUCAUAGCUGCAUCACAGUCAUUUACAGGUUUUCCAGUCGUUGCUGCCUUCCUAACUGAGCUCAAGAUCCAGAACACAGAUGUUGGUCGCCUAGCCCUUGCUUCAGCAGUAUAUGCUGAUUUAAUUGAUAUUGUUGUGGCCGCAAUUUCGCUCACGCUUGGGGAUGUCGUUUCUGACCCACUAGCGCCAGUGCGGGCAGUCCUAUCAAACAUUGCAUUUGUUAUUGUUAUCGUGUUCAUCAUCAAGCCAAUGGUAAUGUGGAUGAUGGGUCCUAUAAAAGAAAUGAAACUUGUGGGUGAGAAAUGCAUUUUUAUCACCACCGUUGUCACUCUACUCCUCGCAUUUGUGAGCGAGAUCGUCGGCCAGCAUUACGUCCUUGGGCCAUUGAUUUUUGGCUUGGUUUUACCGAUCGGACCACCUUUUGGAGCAACUUUGGUAUCGAAGCUAAGUACUUUAGUUUGCGGUCUCCUCUAUCCCGCUUACCUUGCUGUUACUGGUCUGCAGACCAAUAUCUUCAAAGUUGAUUUUCAGUCUGCAAUUAUUGUGGGGAUAGUUAUGGUCUCUGGCAUCAUAAUUAAGUUGGGAGCAGUCAUUUUGCCAGCCUUGCAUUCUCAGGUGCCCGUUCGAGAUGCUUUUCUGCUGGCAAUCAUUUUGAAUAUAAAGGGGAUUGUGGAAAUCAACGUUUACAACUUCUGGAAAGAUAACAAGGUCUGGUUAAUUUGA